AUGAAGUUUGCAAAGGAGCUAGACCGCGACGCUGUUCCAGAAUGGCGGGCGAAAUACCUCAAUUACAAGGCCGGCAAGAAACACAUCAAAGCCGUGUCUCGGGCGAUUAACCGGGCACUUGGUACGCCGACUCUGACAAGACGGUCCGAGGCACCGCGGCACACCUACACCACACCGGCCAGCUUUUUCGGUAUUGGUCAUAGCUUCACACCGACCCGGCAGGCCAAUGACCCCCUGGCCGGUGGUGUCCCGGAAGGUGCCGGUUCCGGCCGGUCGGGGCCCGGAGUCGCCCGGCAACAACCAAAGCCGCAACCCGGACCGGAAAAUGAACGCUCGGGACUGGCCCGGUCGCCUGGAAGUAGCAUUCAGUAUGGCAGUUUCGACCCUCAGCCCUCGCGUGCCAGCGACAGGAACGAGUUUGAGUUGCCGGCGCCUGCCAUCCGGAUCCCCUCGAGGACCAGUGACCAUCUUGCGCCGCCCACUCCUCAAUUGAAGAACCGCCCUGCCACCCAACGCAGCGGUUCCGCGGCGGCGGCAACACCAAGGCUUUCGGGGACAGGGUUGCGGUCUCCUUCCUCCUUCAAUCUCCAGCUUCCCGUGGCUGGGAGCUCGGCGACGACGCCUCGCCAGCGUGUAGCACGGCUCUUUUCGACGGGAUCUCCUCUGGUCCGCCAGACCUCCAACAAGCGCGACAUUGCCAUGCAGAACCUGGAUCAUGUCCGCGCCGCGGAACGCGAUUUCUAUGCCUUUCUCGACAGCGAGCUGGACAAGAUUGAGACCUUUUACAAACAGAAAGAGGAUCAAGCCUCGGAGCGCCUGGCUGCCCUGCGAGCGCAGCUGCACGAGAUGCGAAACCGCCGGACCGCCGAGAUUGCCGCAGCGAAACAGGCGAAAACGAAGCGGGAGCUGCGAGGCAACAACAACAAUCGCAGCCACAGCCACAGCGAAGACGGCGUAGACGGCAACAUGACCCAGCGAGGUGGAACUGGAUCUGGAUCUGGAUCUGGAAGCAGCAGUCGCGAUUGGAUUUCCCCUAUCAAAGUCAAGUUCCUGAAGCCCGGGCCCAACUCAAAAGCCCUGCAGAGAAUGGCGGCUACGCCCGUCAUGGCAGCCGGCCGGACGACGCCGGGAGGGACCACCAUGGGCAUGGGCAUGGAUGGCGGCCGCGACUACAUGCGACGGCCGCAGGACAACGACGACGUGUCGUACCGGACGGCCAAGCGCAAGCUCAAGCUGGCGCUGCAGGAGUUCUACCGCAGCCUUGAGCUGCUCAAGUCGUACGCGCUGCUGAACCGCACCGCCUUCCGCAAGCUCAACAAGAAGUACGACAAGGCCGUCAACGCCCGCCCGGCCUACCGCUACAUGAACGACAAGGUCAACAAGUCGUGGUUCGUCAACAGUGACGUGCUCGACGGCCACAUCCGCACCGUCGAGGAUUUGUAUGCGCGGUACUUUGAGCGGGGGAACCACAAGAUUGCCGCGGGCAAGCUCCGCAACCUGCAGAAACACCCCGGCGACCUGUCGGACAGCACUUUUCGUAGUGGCUUGCUGAUCGGGUUGGGACUGGUCUUUACGGUGCAGGGGCUCGUUUACGGCAGUGAGAUGCUCUCGAUGGAUGAUGAUGGCGACUCGGACCCGGGCGAACAGACGCGCUACGUACUGCAGCUGUACGGGGGCUACUUCCUCAUGCUUCUCCUCUUUGGUCUCUUCACGCUGGAUUGCCGCAUGUGGACGCGGCACAAGGUCAACUACUCCUUCAUCUUUGAGUUUGACUCACGGAAUGCUCUGCAUUGGAAGCAGCUUGCCGAGUUCCCGAGCUUCUUCUUUGCCCUGUUUGGCGUAUUCAUCUGGCUCAACUUUUCGAGGAUUGGGAGUUGGGGGUCCAUGUAUACAUACUACCCUGUCCUCCUGAUCUGCAUAACCUUGGCAGUGCUUCUCUGUCCGGCUCCGGUGCUGUACCACAAGGCCAGAAGGUGGUUUUUGUACUCGCAUUAUCGGCUUCUUCUCUCGGGCUUGUACCCAGUAGAAUUUCGCGAUUUCUUCCUCGGCGACAUCUGGUGCUCGCUGACAUAUGCGACAUGUAACAUCGAGCUCUUCUUCUGCCUGUAUGCGCACUCGUGGGGGGACCCGGAGCAGUGCAACUCGUCGCACUCGCGCCUGCUGGGCUUCUUCAACGCCCUCCCGCCGAUAUGGCGCGCUCUGCAGUGCAUUCGGCGUUACCAUGACACCAAGAACGUGUUUCCGCACCUCGUCAACUGCGGCAAAUACACCAUGACCAUCCUGACGGCCGUCUAUCUCAGUGUCUACCGCAUAGGCGACACCGAGACCAACCUGGCGCUGUACAUCACCUUUGCCACCAUCAACGCCGUCUAUUGCUCAAUAUGGGACCUCUUCAUGGACUUCUCCCUCCUGCAACCCCACUCCCGCUCCACCGGGCCCCCCUUACUACGAGAAAUCACCGCUUUGCGACCCCUGGCCUUAUACUACGUAAUCAUGAUCCUCGACCCGAUCCUGCGCUUCGCAUGGGUGUUUUACGCAAUCUUCACCCACGACGCGCAGCACAGCACCGUCGUGUCGUUCCUUGUCGCCCUCGCCGAGGUCCUGCGCCGCGGCAUGUGGACCCUGCUGCGCGUCGAGAACGAGCACUGCGCCAACGUCGCCCAGUACAAGGCUGCGCGCGACACCCCACUGCCUUACCGCCUGCCUCCUAGCCGGGAGGAAGAGGAGGAAACCGCGGCUGCUGCUGCUGCUGCUGCUGCGGCUGCGGGGAGAGAGGAAGGAGGUGGAGAAGGUGGUGGUGCAGGUGGUGGGCGGACGCCCGAGAUAGCUGUGGCUGUCUUCGCACCGUCGCCGUCGCCCGCCUCGCUGCUUUCCUUGGGUCCCGGUGCGCCUCCCCGCUCGGGAUCGCUCAGGGUCCACCAUAUGCCGACGCCGCGAAGCGAGGUGGUCGCUGCAUUCGCAACAGGCAUCGACACCGAGGCCGCCGAUAAGGCUUUGGAAUCCGAAGAGGCGGGGGGCAUUGGGACGACGGCGACCUUUAGGAGGCGGCGUGCACGCACCGACACGGCCAGCAGCAAGAGGUCCAUCCGGCAGGCCAUGGCCGAGGCUCACAAGCAGGACUUUGAGAAGAAGAGGCGGCCGCUGGUGUCGGCCUCUGUGGGUGGUGGUGGUGGUGGUGGUGGGGAGGAAGGGAGGUUGGGAGGAGAGGGACUGACUGGGGAUGAGAAAGAGGAGGAUGAAGAGGGGGAUGUGCUGCGCAGUGAGGAAGAGGAUGAUGAGGACGAGGACGAGGAGGAUGAUGAUGAGCUGCAGGAGGAGAGGAUGCGUGCGAGGGAGACGGAGACGCUUCGGUUUGAGGAUGAGCGGGACAAAUGA